AUGCCCAUCCUCAACCAUGCAUCCGGCAGCGCAAACCCAGCGACCUCCCUCUCCGCCCUCUGGGCCUAUCUCCACCCCGCACUCGACCACAUCAUAAAGGCCCCUGCCACCGAUCCAAACGGAAAGGCACCCGCCCUCGACUUUGGCCUCUACGCCGGCAUCCACUCCGCCUGCUACAACUACUUCACCGCACAGGGAGAGGCACACGCAAUCCCCCUCGCACGCCCGCCUCCCGACACGCGCUCCGGACCAGACAUCUACGACCAGCUCGACAAGUACUUUGCAGAGGCGGCUCGCGAGCUCAGUCUUGCUGCCCCAAUUGACGACAUUGCCCUUGUUCAGUAUCUCGUCCCGUCCUUCAAUCGCUACAACGCCGGUGCCCAGUCCGCCAACCGCCUGCUCAACUACGUCAAUCGCCACUAUGUCAAGCGCGCCGUCGACGAGGACAGAGGCUGGUUCCGCCUCACAGACGUGAUCGAGACUGUGGCGAAGAACACAUCCUUCGAGGACUCGCGAGAGGCCAUCUCUCGUGUCCUACGCGAGAAGAAGCUCGAGGAGCUCAAGAAGUGGGGCUACCCCGACGACGGGUCGCUCGAGCAAGCGGCUUUCGCUGAGUCUUGUGCCGAAGCGGCCAGUCCCCCAGACCGUGUCGUUCCUAUUGCCUCUCUCGCUCACCGUCGCUUCAGAACAGAAGUCAUGGAGCCCCUACUUGCCACUCCCAAAAUCAAGGGGAACUCGAAAGCAAAGCAUAAAAUCCCUAAAGCCUCUCCAGGUCCGAAUCCCACCCGCCCAAAAGGUCGGCUAGCCCGUGCAGUCAAAGAACUCCUAGAGACCGACGCAGUCGAUGAGGAAGAGAGACUGCGGCUGGCUGCAGGCCUUGCAAAGAUGUUGCAGGUAGUUGGCAUUCGCAGCGAUCACCUACUGCGCAAAAGGCUUGAUAAAUAUGUCGCAUCUGCUCCUUCACCACCGCCUGCAACGACACCAGACGCUGGUGCUCCGAUAUCCUCAUCGAUAGUUGUAUCAUAG